AUGUUCCCCCUCCAAGGUAAUCCUGAGGAAGCCGUCCUCCGAAUCCCCACGUUUUCGACGCUGGGCAUCCGGACCAUGCGGCAAGGUUAUGGCGCAAAGGAUGCGACCCUCGGUCAAGAAUCACCCGUGCUGCUUCUCUGCAACGCCCGGAGACAGCCGAUCAUAAAUGCGACGAGCAAAGCGUCUAAAGGUCAGGAGACCGAUUCGUGCCCAGCACAGGAAAGCUGGCUCUCUACCGUGAUGCGCGUCAUCAUCAUCGGAGCUGGGCCCGCCGGCCUCGCCCUCGGUCAUGCCCUCACACAGGCCGGAAUCGACGACUUCGUCAUCCUUGAACGGCGGCAAAAGGUCGUCGAAGCGACAGGGGCAGGACUUGGCCUCUGGCCCCAUGCUGUCCGAAUUCUGGAUCAGCUAGGGAACGGGCUCUUCGAGGCCGCGGAGAAAAUCGUCCCCAAGAUGAAGAAGAGCGUGCGGUUGGGGAAUGAAGGCGGUCUUGUGCUCGCCACGGAUCUAUUCGCACAUGUCGAGGAAAAUCACGGCUAUGCAUUCUGGAUGUUUGAGCGGAUGCGGCUGCUCGAGCUGCUCUACACCCAUCUACCACGCGUAGAGGAGCGCGUUCUCACGGGGAAAACAGUUACCUCGCUGUCGCAGACAGAUAGCACAGUGACUGUCGAAUGCGACGACGGGUCAAAAGCUCGCCAAGGGCUUCACCUCGACCUUCCGCGCCAUGUUUGGCUGCGGACCUCUACUCCGGGACUAGUGCCGGGCGAGAUGACGGAGCGCAACAAGGACACCAUCUCGUCGCAGCUCCUCACGACCAAGGACAGCGUGGUAUGGUUCCUCUACGAGCGCCUGGACAAGACGACGACCAAGAGGGCGCGGUACACGGCCGAGGACCAGGAAGCCCUCGCGGAGCGGUGCAAGGAUUUUUCCGUGGUGGCGGACGACUCGAUCCGGUUCGGGGAUCUGUGGGCGAGCAAGAGCCGGGCGGGGCUCGCGGACCUGGAGGAGGGCAUGGCGGAGCGGUGGUCGUCGGGCCGCGCGGUGCUCGUGGGCGACGCCGCGCAUAAAAUGGCGUCGAACCUCGCGCUCGGUGCCAACACGGCCAUGGAGUCCGUCGUCUGCCUCGCCAAUAAGUUGUGGGCGCUCGACCGGAAAGGGGCGGCGCCGGACGGCAAGGCCGUGGAGACGGCGUUUGCGGCGUACCAGAAGGAGAGGCAGGCGUCGGCGCGGUACGUGACGCGGUUGUCGGGCAUGCUGCUGCGCUACUCGUGGCUGCUGGCUAGGACGCUGUCGUUUGUGGGGCGGUUCGCGUCGCUGGAGAACGAUCGCAUGGUGGCGGACAAGAUCCUUGCGGGGAUUCCGAGGGCCGGGUUGGCGUUGGAUUUUGCGGCGGCGGGUCAUCCUAAGAAAGGGAAUAUCCCUUUGAUCACGCCGCUGAUGGGGGAAAGGGGAGUAAUAGAGGUCGAGGAAUGA